GCUAGGCUGCACAUUCCCUCCUAAAUUCACUUUCUGUUAAAUCCAGUCUUUAAUGGAGGAGCAGUAUGGAAGGCCCCACAUGUGCCACCUGUGGUUAUAAAACCUUCAAUCUGAUUCACGGCAUGUAUAAUGCAAUACUUUGUAACAUGAAGCAGUGAUUGUCCUGCUGUAGAAUAGCUCAGUGAUGGCAGGACACUGGUCAUGGUGCAGGAAAAUGGCGGAUCUUAGGACCCAUGGAUUCGUCCCUUAUCGAAUACUAAAAGUUAGGGUUAUGUGUGUGCUGUCAGAGUGCGACGCAACCAGUCAGUGAGUGUGUUCCGAAGUGUUCGCGGCCAGUCUCCCCCCCCCCCCGCUGCUCUGUGCACGUUGCAGUGCUGCAACAAUAGCCAGCUGUGGGCUGUGCGUUCACUCGGCCGCUGGGUGUCUUCGCUCUGUGGCUACACUGUAGACGAGAGAGCCUGGUCUGGGCUGGUCUGCCCGUGUUUUCCGGAAGAGAGGGUGUUAAACGUGGGACGCAUCUCAGGUCAGCGGCUGAUCCUGCCACACAUCAUGCCGAGGAGAGCCGGAGUGGACGCGCGAGUCUGAACCGGUCUGCGUGAAUCCGCGGCUGCGGACGGAGGGAAUCCAACAGGCGCCGUGCGUCCAAACGGGACACCCCCCUCGAUCCCUUUGACUGGAGCGCUGACAGGGGCUCAAGCACGCCCGAGCACUCAUUUGGAUCUGGUAAGACCCUGAACAUUGUGACCUCAGACUGACCCAGAUAACUUUGAUGCUGGUGGGCAACCCUCAGUACUCUCCCUGCCACCUGCUCCUGCAUCGCUCCCAUCUUCCCAACCACCAUGGCUACGAGCAGUGCCCCUGGCUGUGAGAGGCUGGACCCCGACUCUGACAAACAGACCAGCAGUCUCACGAACAUCAUGGCUGCCAUGACAACCAAAGACUCGGACAGCUCAGCUGCCAACAUUAUGAGGAAUGGCAGGGCUCAGCAGGACAGGUCUCAGGCCAAGAAGACUCAUCCAUUGCGGCCUCACCUGACUGGAAGGAAGUUGUCGCUGCAGGAGAGAGGCACUUACCUGUCAUCAGGCUCUGGAGGAGGCUAUACACACAUCUCCCCUCGUGUGGCUCGGAGGCCCACAGUGGAGUCUAAACGUGUGUCUAUAUCAGACUCUCAGGACUGUAUCCAGUUGAACCAGUAUAAGCUGAAGAGUGAGAUUGGAAAGGGCUCCUACGGUGUGGUCAAACUUGCCUAUAAUGAGGAUGAUGAUAAACAUUAUGCUAUGAAGGUGGUGUCCAAGAAGAAGUUAAUGAAGCAGUGUGGUUUUCCACGUCGUCCACCCCCAAGAGGACCCAAGGCAGCCCAAGGAGAGCAGCCCAAAAUCUUAGGACCCCUGGAGAGGGUCUACCAAGAGAUUGCCAUUCUUAAAAAACUGGACCACCUCAACAUUGUCAAGCUGGUGGAGGUGCUGGAUGAUCCUGCAGAGGACAACCUUCACAUGGUGUUUGAGCUCAUGUGUAAGGGUCCAGUGAUGGAAGUGCCCACAGACAGUCCUUUGUCAGAGGAGCAGGCGAGGUUAUACUUCAGAGACGUCAUCCUGGGCAUAGAGUACUUGCACUACCAGAAGAUUGUGCACCGGGACAUUAAGCCUUCUAACUUGUUACUGGGGGAUGAUGGCCACGUGAAGAUAGCAGACUUUGGGGUCAGCAACCAGUUUGAGGGAAAUGAUGCUUUGCUGUCCAGCACAGCUGGCACUCCUGCCUUUAUGGCACCAGAGACCCUGUCAGAUCAGCGCAAGAGCUUCAGCGGAAAAGCUUUGGACGUGUGGGCCAUGGGAGUUACUCUCUACUGUUUCGUCUUUGGGAAGUGCCCGUUUAUUGAUGAGUACAUAUUAGCUUUGCACAACAAGAUAAGGACCAAGCCUGUGGAUUUCCCAGAAAUACCAAAGAUCAGUGAAGAGCUGCAGACUCUGAUCUUGCGGAUGCUGGAUAAGAAUCCAGACACCAGGAUCACGAUCCCAGAGAUCAAGAUGGACCAGUGGGCGACCCAGGGAGGCACCGACCCCUUGCCUCUGGAGGACGAACACUGUUCUGUGGUGGAGGUUACAGAGGAGGACAUCCAGAAUUCAGUCAAGUUUGUUCCCAGCCUCUCUGCAGUGAUCUUGGUGAAGGCCAUGCUGAGGAAGCGCUCCUUCAGUAACCCCUUUGAAUGUCCAAGUAGGAGAGAGGAGAGGUCCAUGUCCGCACCUGGCAGCCUGCUCAUGGACUCGUGGCCCUUCCGGCCCUCUUUAAAACUUCACUCCUCUCUCAGAAAGGGCAGCACAGGAGAUGGACCCAGAGAAGGAGAGCUGGAGGACCUGCAUGAAGAUGAGCCUUCCUCUUGAGUCUCCCGUCAACAGAGCUUUGUCUUAAACUCCAUCCUCUUUACAUCCCUUUGCCUGAAGCACUGGGCGCUCACGCCGCCAUCCACACAUUUCCUUCAAAUCAGCGACACACUACAGACUUCUCAUUCUGUACACUGAGGAAACUCUCAAGGUUUUAAAUCUGAUACGUUGCUUGUGUUAACAUUCAGACUUGUACUCUCAGGCUUGCUUUCGUUUUUGCUUCUGUUCUAUCCUUUCUUACCACAUUUAGCCCCAAAUUUCCAUUUCCACUGCAGUGUUUCUGGGCACUAAGUUUGAUCUGCAAGGUGUUUUGUCUUACCUGCUCAGCCAUUUUAUGCUGUGACUGGCGUCAGUGAACCAAUAAGAGGAACUCUGCCAAUUCUCUGGAUCACUAACAGUUCACGUUAUCGUUGCAGGAAAAGACAAGGAUGUGUUUGUCUGCUUGCUUUGCACUGUAAUGUGUUAAAAAAAAA